AUGAUUCAGUACCCACCUACCAUCAUCCUUAACACAGAUAAGAUCUUGACAGACCAGCCAUCUGGUUUGGUUCGGACAAAUCGUCGUAAGGGGACUCGUUUCGAUAAACUCGUGCAAGACCUCAAGGAUGCCCUUGGGCCGUCAUCGGGGUUGACGUCGGACGAUGUUGACGUCGAACACCUCACCCACCUCAUGGAGCAAUAUGAUCCUACCGACAAGGGAUGGAGAUCAUAUUUUUCGAGAUACCAGGCGGGAUUAUACCCGGAAUCUGGCAAAUCAAGCCCGAUACACGACCACGGCAACGCCCAUUGCCUGAUGAAGAUUCUCAAAGGCGACUUGACGGAAACUCGAUAUGAGUUUCCCCAAGGUGAUGAUGAGAGGCCCAUGACGGUCAUUUCGGAACGGGUGCAUCCCGAAAAUGCCGUGGCAUACAUGUCUGACGACCUAGGUGUGCAUCGCAUGACGAACAGCGGCAGCGACUUCGCUGUGUCCCUUCAUUUGUACACUCCGCCCAACGUAGCAAAGGGUGGUUGCCAUGUCUUUGAUGUUGAUACCAGCAAGAAACGGCACAUUAAGAAGUGCGGGUACCACUCGGCGUUUGGGAAGCUUGUGUCUGCCGGGGCUGGAUCAAAGCCAACGAGCACAGAUGACGUGGCUCAUAUUUCCUCGAAAUCUAUGGACGAGGUCAAUGCAGACAGCCAACUGAAGGAGGAAGUGAAGGAGGAAGACAGACCCGCGGGAGAGAUACUCAUUGACCUCGAUAGACUGCAGGGCGCGGAUGACGAGGUAAUUCAGUUCGAGCGAAUGAACACUGAUGCAUCCAUCCGUUUUGAUAUGACCUGGGCCCUUCUCUGGAUGCGGGAAAAAGAGAACCCAAAGUUUUCAAAUGGCAAAGCGACCCAACUCUGGGAGUAUAAAGGUGGCGUUUACGUCCAUACUCUGACAGGUGUCCGUUCCAUUGUGACACCAAGCCUCUUCUCGGGCGGGAUUCUAGCAGAUGACAUGGGGCUCGGCAAGACGCUCGAGAUGAUAUCUUUGAUUCUUGAUGAGCCGGCAGGGCGACCAACACUCAUUGUGGCUCCUCUAGGAGUAAUGACUAAUUGGGGAUUUGAGCUAGCAAAGCACGUUUUGCCCAGUGCCCCAGUUCAGUACCUCCGUUACCACGGCGAAGGCUGCGAGGUGCCCGUUGAGGAGCUGCAAGGCUUCGAGGUUGUUAUCACUUCGUAUAGCAUCCUCUCGCGGGAAUCAUCCAAGAGCCACAAGCUACAGCAGAUUGAGUGGCGGCGCAUCAUCCUGGACGAAGGCCAUGUGAUACGCAACGCAAACACACAGGCGGCUAAGGCGGCCUGCAGCCUCAAGGCACAGUCUACGUGGGCCUGUACGGGAACUCCGAUCGUCAACAAUUUGAAGGAUUUAUACUCGCUCGGGAAGUUUCUUGGACUGAAUGGGGGCUUGGAGAAGUGUACCAUGUUUCUUAACGAGAUGAAAGACCACCAGAAACUUCAGAUGCUCGUGGGCGCGCUCUGCCUCCGCCGGACGAAGAAGAUGGCCUUUGUCAAUCUCAAGCUACCAGAAAAAUGGAAGAGGUGA